UAGUGUCUAUCCUCGACGCUGCAAGAACAAUGCGAUACACGAGCGGAAAGAGCGUUCGGUUAGGGCGGCUUGAAGCGCGGGCUGCCUGACCGACAUCAUCGGACCUGCUUAUUGGCACACACCACAGCACUGCCACCAUCACGAGUCUUGGUAUAAACAUCUCUGUACAUCACCAAAUAGCCUUAGAGAUGAGCCUUACACAAUCGCGCCACGUCCCCGGGGCUGUACAAGACCCAGCAUAUAUAUGAGUGCAGUCCGCCACCCUAUCUUCGGCCUGGCGCGCAGUUGUUCGCUUCAUCAUGGACGACCUACUACCGUCCUAUGAAAGUGCGGUACAGCAAAAUCCGUUCACACUUAUUGCACCGUAUUUGUCAUCAGACUCUAUCUGCGCUGCAGCUCUUGUAAGCAAAAAAUGGCACAAGAUCUUCACACCGCACCUUUGGGGUAGUCCUGCAUCACAUUUUGGGGUGGAGAAUGAUACAGUUUAUGUCGCCUUGACGCGCUUCAAGCGAACCUUGCCGUAUGCACGAUCGUCUGUACGAGCGCUUACACAUACGCUUCAAUUCCCGCCAGCUCAUGCUGAGAUCUAUGGCGGCCCACAUUCCGAAUGGCUAAGAGAAUGCCUUGAAAGAUUACCUAAUCUACAAUGUCUGAUGGUAAACGGGCUGCCGUUCUUCGACCAUGCAGCACUUUUGACGUUGCGACAUGCCAGUCCAUGGUGGAACGCCCAUCGCAGGGUUGCAUUUCCAGUCUUUGGCCUGCGCUUGUUGGAUGCAUCGGGCUGUACCAAUGCAACUUCAACUGGACUUCUAGAAGCUCUGCCCCACUUUCCGGAUCUCGUAUCUCUAGAUUUGUCGAGGACGCCGGCUGCUCGAUCUGAUGUGGUUCUGAGCAAGUUGAAGUACCUUCGUAAUUUGCGAGUGCUGAACUUGGAAGGUCUUGGCCUGAAAGACACUGAUUUUGAGAUCAUCGCACCUUCCAUCGGAACACGCGUCAGAAGUCUCAACGUGAGCGACAACAAUCUGACUGAUGCAAGCGCUAGACUACUGCUGGAACAUUGUCUGAAAGAGACCACCAUACCAGUGCACGUGACAAGAUCACCUCUUCCCCCAGUCGAACAUGGCCAGCUCAGUGGCGAUAUAGACGCUUACGAAUCUGAAGACCUCGUCAGUCACCUUCGCCGAAGACUGACCAAAGGAUUUGUUGGUAGUUUGGCUAUAGAAGAGAGCAGGGAUGUGGGUGUUACCCACCUGUAUCUGUCAAAGAACUCCGUGACAGUCGAAGGAAUCUCUGGACUUCUUCGAUCAAAACGUCUACGUGUCCUCGAUAUCGGAGUCCUGCCUGCAUUUCUGAUGAGACCCAUGGAGUCAUUUUCCGAGGAUACUGACAGCAAUAUAGACCUUCCCGGCGUUGCCAAAAUGACCCCAAUUUUGUCUGAGUAUGCUGCUGCGAAGAUGAGGUAUUUGAGAAUCAACUAUCAGAUCGUCACGGAAGAUGCUGUGGCAAACUUACUUCCGUCGCCACGAGCAGAGCUUGAUGGUAAUCUCGGCCAGUACGCGCCGUUUGAUGCAGUCGAGCUUGAAGAGCGGAACCCGCGCGAAUUAGAAGCCUCCCAUCACUCGAUAUCAGUAGCUGAACUCAGCUCCGCGGAGAACGCUGUGUUUGAACUUCCCGGGAGUCCCGCUUUCCCGGUGGAACUUCCUGGGUGUUUUCCAGUGGAAGUCUCACCGACAGUACGCAAGGAUGACGGCCUUGCACGGACGCCAUCGAUCAGGGUCACAUCUGAACCACAGGAGAUCAAAAAAGGCGCGGCGUAUGCGCCAGAGCCUGUCUAUGUGGAUCCAGCCUUGUCGCCUGUGAGCCCUCAUGUAUCAAGUAACGAGGCCCAAAGGCAGUUCUGGACUGGAGACUCGACACCCGACUACCCGGUGGCACUCUCGCCCAUUCUGGGCAGCUCGCGCAACUCAAUCUCGAGUGAAACUUUCGGCCGAAGGUCACGCCACAAUUCGACUCAUUUUGUCGAGGAGCGCAGAGCAAGGCUGGAGCUUCGACAAUCACAAGAGAACCGGCUACAUCCAGGCAUGCUUCCUAAUGUACACACCUUGGUUUUGACUGACGUCCCAACGUCAACGAAUGAUCCAACCCUCAUACAUAAACUCAUUCGAUACAUCAGAGAUGCUGCGGAGGAGGCAUCGAUAGCCAGACAGCGUGCCAAGCACACCUACAUGCUACCACCUGGACGUAGCAGAAACAUAGCUGAGCGGGAGUAUGCCCGUGGUCUUUUUGCACUGAAGCGAAUCGUACUUGAGAUGGCACCUCCUCAAGUUGUGCACAAGAAGGUAUCUACAAGCUGGAGAGCAUACCCUACUAAAUCAUCUACGGAGGAUGCCGAUUCAGAGGCUUUUUGGGAAGCAGCAACACACGACUUCUCCUUCUUCGACGAUGAGGAGUGCGGUGUCCCGACAAGAGAGCCUGGACGCGGUUUGCCACUAGCGGCGAUGAGUGGUCUCGAAUUGGCUGCACAUCGCCCUACUCCACCACCACAGCCAAGGAGGGUAGAGCCGUUUCUGCAGCCACAACUUGAUGUGGUUUCAGAAAUUGGCAAGUUCCGCAAGGAAAAGAAGACGAUGUACAGACAAUUACUUGACAUGGGCGAAGUUGACCCAGAAGUUGAAGGCUUUUGGCCAGGCGACAUCACCGUCGUAAGGAAACCGGUCGAUGCUGACGAAGGAGAACUGGACUGCUACGGGAACAGGUACCAAGGAUGGGGCUUGUACCGGUGAAAAGGAGAUUGCCGUUACGGACCUUUCUUCCGGGGCAGAAUUUAAGUUCUAGGACUGCAGCCUGGGUGCAUUCAAGGGUUCACAUCACUAGCCUCCCUGCAGCCAGGUCCAAUCAGCGUGCUGACCAGUCGACAACCCCGCAGUCCAACGCCCUCUCAAGGCGUAUCUGAUCAAGAAUCUGGAUACGAAAACAAUGCCAUGCAUUAACACAGCU